AAAGUCAUCACUUUAAUUAAUAAUAUUUUUACUUUAGAAAUGAUGUUCACGCUUUCAUUUGUUAUUAGUCCAUUUAUAUGAUAGGUUCAAGGUAUUAGGUAGUUAAAUAGGCCAAAAAUGUUGUAAGUUUUUUUUCAGGGGCCUUCUAAGGGACUGUUCACGCAAAAAAAGAACGCAUUUUCAAAUGUAAACUUAUGUCUUAGAGAGCACAAGCCAUCCAAGAAGUAGGAUGGGUUGCUCCGGGAGUAAAGCUGCGGGUUCUCCUAUGAUGAGAAUGCUUGAAUAUGAACGGAUGGCGGAGAAUGAAAAUGCAGGUCUCAAGAUUCAACCCAACAGUUUGAAAACUGAGGAGUGGAGGGAAGGGUUGAUCAGUACCAGAACAUUCUAUAAUUGGUUUCAUGCAGGAUAUUGUUCAGCGUAUAUUCAAAAUCCUCUUUACAUGCUUAUUCUAGAUUUUAGAAGUGUUGAUGACUGGUUAAAGGAGCGUGUACCAACAAGUGUUCACUAUGAGCGGCUCCAUCUUUAUCAACAAAAUCUGGAUGAAUAUAGUCAGAUCCUGCUGUAUGAUAAGGACGGGUGUAGUGUUGGAAACAUUAAGUCUCCGCUCAGAAAAUCAUAUCUAAGGUUACGUGGACUCGGUUUGGAUCCUAGGAUAGUUCUGGGAGGGUUCAAGAGCUUACAAGAAUCAUGUUUCUCUUCUCUCAGGAAGCGUACAACAUUAAUUCCCUUUGCUUCACAGGUGGAGUUAAUGAGAAGCUCUGUAGAGAAUAUAGGACCGGAGAGGUCUGAUGACAGUGAUAUAGAGGACCCGGAGUAUGAUUUAGAGCUCAUCCAUCCUGCCGUAGGACGGAUAGAACCAGAGAGAAGAUGUGUACCCUGGCUACCAUCUAUGAUUAUAAAAGAUAAACUGUACCUGGGACGGGUCGAACAAGCCGAAGAUCCAAAUAUCAUUAGAAACCUAGGGAUAACUCACAUAUUAUCAACAGCUAGAGUCAGGUCUGGGAAGAUCAAAGGGAUUGUGUACAUUAUAGUAAACAAAACCUCUUUCAGCCUCUCCACUCUCAAGCUCACAAACUCAUUCAUAUCGGAGGCUUUAAGCUCCGGAGGCCGGAUCCUAGUUCAUGGAUGUGACGGAUUAGACCAAUCAGCGGCUGUCAUCACUUCAGCUCUUAUGUCCAGCUACAGUGUCUCGCUAGAGGACAGUUUGGGGUUUGUAGAGAACAGUAGACCAGGAGUUCGUCUUAGCAAUCCUUGGUUAAGAAUUCUUCUGAAACUGGAGGAAGAAAUGUUUGGACUAAACAUUACAGAUAUAGAAACUCUUUGGGUCUGAAACUAGAAAUUAAAAUCAAAUCAAGAAUCAAAACCAGUUUAUGAACCAGGAUCUAAAUUAAAACAGAACCAGAAACAGAACCAAAAUCCGCACUUGAACCAGAACCAAAAUCCAAACCCAAACCCGUAUCAGAAGCAUACACUGAGCAAGAACCAGAACCAAAACCAAAACCAAAAAAAGAACACAACCAGAAUCGCCAAAGCAGAACCUGGACCAGAACCAGACUUUUCUUGAGCACUGGAUCGAAAAUCAGAAUUUAAACCAAAAUGAUCAUGAACCAGAUACAAGAACAGUAAAUUGACCUGAACCAAAACUAAUGAUUGAGAUCAGUAUAAAAUCUUAACAUGUCAAAACUUAACCCUGUACUUGGUACAUUAACCGUUUUUAUCCCAUGUGGACACAUCAUUAGGAUUGAAAAAAAAUAUUUCCCUUUGCGUGGACGAGCAAUCUUUAAUAAAGUAUUAUUAAUUUAAAAAUAUAUCAGGAUAAAAAAAUGAACAGCCGGGACAAUAAAGUUAUCCCUGAUUUAAACCUCACUUUAUAGUGUCGGCUCAAAACCAGUCGGGACAAUAAAGUUAUAUCUGAUUUAAACCUCACUUUAUAGUGUCGGCUCAAAACCAGCCGGGGAUAAUAAAGUAAUCCAUGAUUUAAACCUCACUUUAUAGUGUCGGCUCAAAACCAGCCGGGACUAUAAAUUUAUCCCUGAUUUAAACCUCACUUUAUAGUGUCGGCUCAAAACCAGCCGGGACUAUAAAUUUAUCCCUGAUUUAAACCUCACUUUAUAGUGUCGGCUCAAAACCAGCCGGGGAUAAUAAAGUUAUAUCGGAUUUAAACCUCACUUUAUAGUGUCGGCUCAAAACCAGCCGGGGACAAUAAAGUUAUCCAUGAUUUAAACCUCACUUUAUAGUGUCGGCUCAAAACCAGCCGGGAUAAUAAAGUUAUCCAUGAUUUAAACCUCACUUUAUAGUGUCGACUCAAAACCAGCCGGGGAUAAUAAAGUUAUAUCUGAUUUAAACCUCACUUUAUAGUGUCGACUCAAAAUCAGCCGGGGCAAUAAAAUGUAAAACCAGCCGGGACAAUAAAAAAAUAAUGUAAUUGUUGAAGAACGAGGAAUGAAAAUAAUGUGGCCUCAUUCCUCAAGGGAUAAAAAAUCAUUUAAAUGCUAUUAUAAUUUUUCCUUUUUUAUUUCUUGUAUUUUUUACCCUGCUCUUAUCUUCAUGUGAUUUUUAAUAUGAUAAUAGUUUCUUUUUGUUUCUAACUAAAAAAUGUAUUCUUCGAAAAUAAAAUUAAUAAGCUGU